CGGCAACUGCGCAGCCGUGACAUCCUCGAACAAGUUACAUACAAUGAAGCUACAAAUAUGCCUGAUGCGCACCUCGGCGUUGAAGCCGAAUCAUACAUGAUGGAUGUGCCUCAUGUGGCACCAUGGGUGCAACCCAACAAUGACUCUGAUUUACUAUUUAAUCCUGGCAAAAUGAAUCAACCCAUAUUUGAUGUCGAUAUUGGCGUUGUCGAUCCAUUGAGUCAGACAUGUUGCCCUAAUUUAACGCCUGAACUGCCGUCAGUCUGGGACGACAGUCUGAUGGGCUUCGAUGGUUCAGGAAACUGGUAUAACGCUGAGUAUUCUGAGAUGACAUCGCCUUCAUCGCAAGCAGAGAGUAUCGAUCUAACAGAUGCGUCUCUCUCCCCUACCCUCGGCCCAACCACCCCGGGGUUGGCUGGGCCUUGUCGGGAAUUGUGUGAGAACAGAGACUUUUCUGGUAGUGAUUGGACCGCCCAUAUUACAACAAACAACGAAUUUGAAAAUAAAUUAACAGAAUACAUUAACUGCUUAACGGCUAAUAACAUGUCGAUAGAUGACUUGUUAGCCGUCUUGAAGAACAACUUAGUAACGGAAACCUUGACCAACGAUAUAUCAUACGACCAAGGAAUAAAUAACAUAACAAGCGCUUUUACUAUAAAUCAGCAUAGGUCAAACGAUACAACACUGGGUAAUUACAUGGCAAAAUAUCCUCAAGACAUGGGCUGGGGCAGCAUCAUGCCUGUCGACCCGGAAAUGAGAACCGAGCCAGCACCUUUCAACGCUGAUGAUGACAAUUUUGAUGAUGAAGUGGAAAAUUCCUCUACCAUCAGCUUCAACGACCCUUCAUCAGACGUGAAUCCCUUUGGGGAACAUCGGCCUGGCUAUAGAUGGUGUUGCGACGAAUGGAAGAAGCACGACGGCAAUUUCAAAAAGCACCUGAAUACGCAUUACAAACAGGUUCCAUGCGAGGCAGGCUGCUCCGAACGGUUUGCAGACAACAAGGCGCGAAAUAGGCACUACUGGGUAUCUCACAAGAAGUAUGCAAAGAAGAAAAAAAUCCCAAACGAGAAAUGUUUCUGCGAGCCCUGUGACAAAUCAUUUAGCAGACGGGACAAUUUCCGCAGGCACGUUGGCAAACAUCAUUCCAAAGAGUCUGAAGUAGAGACAGAGAAGUGGGUGAUUGACGACAACCAUGAGAUUGUUAAAGGCGAGAGUGAUGAAUAUGCAGAGGUGUGUUGCCUCAAGGAUACAGAAUAGAUAGCACGAAGUACCGAUAAUAUUAUUUUUCUUUUUAUUUCACUUUACUUUGAACAUAGACGGCUUCGAUGAAGGCAGUUGAGAGCAUGAAUUCAAGAUCGCGCUAGAUGCAUGAUACUCAUAAAGCAAUACUUAUGCACCAAUACGGAUUUUCCCUUUAUCCACCACCACCACCAGCCAAUGCAUCUUCGGCAGUAGCUCGUGAACGACAAGCUCAUUCAGCACGUCCACUUUCAUUAAUCUAGCUUCAUUCUCCAUGAAGCAAACACGUGAAUUCACUUUCCUAUUCCUAACGAUGAUUUGAUUCUCUAUUUUCAACAUAACGGGGCCAACCUACCGAUCGCAGCUUCUCCCAUCAUUGAAUCUCAUGCCGCCAUGGCCGUCCUGACAUUCACCCUCAGUGAAGAGGGUGUCACGGCGUUUCGAGAUGCCCUCAACUGCCUGAGCAAAUUCAGCGAGGAUGUAUCCAUCGAAGCGCGAAAAGAUUCUGUA